AUGGAAAAGGUAUAUGAAGAGCUGGAUGAAGCAAAAACCGAAAUCGAGCGAAUCAAGGCAGAACUAAGAGCCCAGACGGAUUCACAUGAGAACCUGAAGAAAUCCCAUAAUGCACAGGUCAAUAAGAUACAAAGUGCAAAGUUGAAAGCUGAGAAGCUGAAUCAAGAACUGCUUCAAAAGGCAGAUGAACUUGCCGAGGCAAAGCAGGUGUGUGAAGAUCUCAAGGGGAGUUUGAAUAAAAAAGAGUCCAUCAUCAAACACCUAAGUGCAGCAAAUGAUAAACUUCGAGUGGAUUGUGAUGACAAGUUUAAAAAGUGGGAAGAUGAAAAAAGAGGGUUGGUAUUGGCCUUAGAGGAAGCAAAUGAGAAGGCAAACAAGCAAGAACAACAUAUUUAUCUAUGCAGACAAGAGAUUGAAAGUCUGAAAGGUUGUCUUGCAGUUUCAAAGAAGAAGUGUUCAGAGACGGAGAAAAAUUUAAAAGCAUCCAAAGAACUACGAGAAAGAGAUGACAUGUUCCAGAAGUUAGAGGAGGAAACCAGGAAGGUGGAAGAUCAAUUAAAAUGGAAGAAGGAACAGUUUAAACAUCUAGAGGAAGCGCAUGAAAAACUUCGAGACCAAUUUAGGUCUAGCAAGAAGGAGUUGGAGAUGGAAAAAUCUAUGUUGCUUGAUGAGAUUUCUUCGCUGCAGAUUAAGUUAGACUCUCAGAUAAGAAUAUCAGAGGAUCUAAAACAUCAGUUACACGCUUGCCAUCAGGCUCUUGCUCAUGUAGAAAGCCAGAAAAAGCGUUUGGAAGUUGAAGUUUCAGAUCUGAAGGUGCAGCUUGAUAAUACUGGUAAUGAAUACCAGGAUGCUAGGUUCCAGCUUGAUUGCUUAAACUCUCACGGUGACAAAGAUACUGCAGAUUUGAGAUAUUCACUGAAAACAAAAGAGGCAUGUCUUAAAGAAUCAAAGUACAGAAUGGCGAAGCUAGAGCAAGAAAACCGAGAGUUGCGGAUGUCCCUCAAAGAACUCCAAGAAGCUCAAAUUCAAGAAGCAGGAGCUUCAUAUUCGCAGUCAAAGUUGAGGACCAAGCUUAAAAAUUUGGAACAAACUCACAAAGAGUGUGCCUCAACUUUGAAGGCUAACGAAGCUGAAUGGAACUUUAAGUUAGCACAGUUGACAGCUGACCUGAAUAGCUGUCAGUCUGAGUUGGAAAGUAAAAUUGAAGCAGUGGAAGAGCUUCAGACCGAGUUGGAAGGGGCUCAUUCUUUAACAAUUGAGAUGAAGUUAUCGAAUGAGGAGAUGGAUGUCAUGCUGCUUGUGUUGGAACAGGGAAUAUUUGAGGCUCAAUUGAAGCUUGCUAGCUGUAAAGACGAGAUGGAUCUUAUCAAUAAAGAGAGAGAAGAAAAUAUUUUUCAACUGAUGAAGCAGUUGGAGAUGAAAGAUGCUGCUUUGAUCAGUGCCCAAAAAAACAUCAACGAAGAACGUGAGAGAGCUACAUGUUUGAUGAUGCAGGUUGAGUCCUAUAGAUCCAAUGAAGAAAAGCAGCGCAUGUUGCAAAAUGAACUUGAUAGGCUCAAGGAAAUGCUGGAGGAAUCAACCAUGUGUCAGCUGAACCUCAAAGAGAAAGCUAAGCAGAUGGAAUGUCAAUUAGAAGGACAACUUAAGGAAGUUAAUGUUGCUUUAGACAAUGCAAUCUUUGAAUUGGAUGACACAAUAUAUGAAAGAAAUGAAAUGGAAUUCGAGUUGCAAAUAUGGAAAUCAAUUGUUGAGCAUUUGAAGAAUAAUCUUGAAGAAAAUCAAGUGAUGCGUAAAGAACUGGAAACUUCACUUCUUGCACAAGUAGAUGUUGGGGAAAGCCUCAAGCAAGAGAAAGAUUGCUUGGUUUAUAAGUUGGAAGAGAAAGAGAGGAGCCUGGAUUCUCUACUGCAGCGUAUUGUGCUACUGGAACAUGAACUAAGAGCAAAGGAGACUUUAGCUUCUACUCCAGCAAGGGGAGAAUCAGCUGUGCCCUCCGAGUCUGAUGAUAUCAGAUAUCACCAGAUCAUGGAGGAGAAGGACAAGAUUCUGGAAGAGCUACAGAAAGAGGUUGCUCAGCUGGAACAAGAAUCAUUUAGAAGAGAAUAUGAAAGUGCUGUGACUGUAAAAUGCUCUAUGGAAAGUACCUAUGAGUAUGAGAAAUAUAAUCUUAUGCAGCUUAUAAAAGGAAAAGAUAUGAGAAUAGAUGAACUCAUGCAGCAGGUUACUUCACUCGAACAGAAGUUCACUAGCUCGUUGACCACCUUUGCUUCACAGCUUGCUGAGAAACAGGCUGAAGUUAACCUCAUCCAAGAAGCUUGUGAUCAGAUCACAGCAUCUCAGAUUUUAGCUGCACUUGAAAUUGAAGAGAAAAAGUUGAUGGUAGUGGAACUUGAGGAUGAAAUCCAUGCUAUACAGCAGAAACUGAAAUUGCAGGAGGAUAAGUGGAGCCAAUCUGAACAACUUGCAUUGGAUACUGAAGUAGAAUUGGAUGCAAAACAGUUGAAAGUAAAGGAGUUGAAUGAUCAAAUGGAGACUGAGCUAAGAAAGUCAGAUGCCUUGCUUCAGAAACUCAAGAUGGAGAAUAGAAAUUUACUUGCUAAUGCCACAAGACUGUCAUCAGAAAGGGAAUACUUGUUGGCUUUUGUUCAGGGAUUAAGUGAUAAAAUCUGCGAGUUCUCUACUGCAGACACUCAACUUAUGGACAUGUUGAGAAGCAUGGUGGAGUCUUCUGAGAAUGAUUGUCCAGGAGUGAAUUUGGAAAAGGAUGAUGGUUUCUUUGUAAAAGAGAAUAUGUUAAUCCAUUUUCCUACUGUAAAGAAACAUGAAGCCAUCUCUGAUACAAGAUCACCAUUCAAGGAGCUCAACAGUUAG